UCAAGUCCAUCAUCGAAUAUGCUCUGAAUACACCAGGCAAGGGUUCACACUUCACUCCCCCCAGGCCCCGACUGAUAUCCUCUCGGCCACUGGUUCCUGAAUCUUCAAAAUGGACCCCGCAAUCACCUCCGAGUUGAGCAAGUUCAACGACGAUAUCCCCUUCCGCGCUACCACAAACCAUACCCAGUCGACCUGGGCACGAACCUUCCACUCCUCCCCCGAACUCUACAUCCAGCCCCAAUCCAUCGCCGAAGUCGAGAAACUCGUGAACCUCGCUCGAAGAUGCAGACGCCGCAUCACGACCGUCGGUUGCGGGCACUCUCCCUCAGACAUAACCUGCACCUCCUCCUGGCUCGUCAACCUCGACAAAUUCAACAAGAUCCUCUCUGUGGAUAAGGAGAAAUGCGUCGUCGUUAUGCAGAGCGGGAUACGGCUGUUCGCGGUUGGAGAGGAGCUGGAUAAGGUGGGGUUGGCGAUGCCGAAUUUGGGGAGUAUCAAUGAUCAGAGUAUCGCGGGGGCUAUAAGUACGGGUACGCAUGGGAGUACUUUGAAGCAUGGGAUCUUGUCGGCUUCGAUUUUACAGCUGAAGAUUAUGCUUGCGAAUGGGAAGAUGGAAACAUGUUCUCCUACGCAGAAUGCGGAGCUGUUCCGCGCAGCGUUGAUCUCCCUAGGUGCCUUGGGAAUUAUUGUUGAGAUCACCUUCCAGGCGGUGCCAGCCUUCACUUUGGCUUGGAAACAAGUGGUUGAUACAGAUUUGUCUAUGUUCAACUCCUGGAAUAAGGAUUUAUGGACCCAGACAGAGUUCGUUCGUGUCUGGUGGUUUCCUUACACAAGGAGGUCUGUGGUGUGGACAGCAGAGAAGACAAAACUCGCACUACGACCGCCUCCUAAAUCUUAUUAUGAUGCCUGGCUCGGAUUUCAUAUUUAUCACAACCUGCUGUACGCAGCACAAUAUGUUCCUAGGAUGCUUCCCUGGAUUGAAUGGUUCGUCUUCGGCAUGCAAUACGGUUUCCCCAAUGGAAGCACUACAUCCGCCAUCCAGCCAUCUCGGCAAGCUCUUCUCAUGAAUUGCUUAUACUCACAGUUUGUCAACGAAUGGGCUAUCCCCCUCCACAAAGGACCGGAAGCACUUCGUCGUCUCAGCUCAUGGCUGAAUCAUCUGACCCCUGAGGAUCCAGAUUAUGUUCCACAUGGAAUCCCAUACUCAGCAGACGGCCUCUGGGUUCAUGCUCCCGUUGAAGUCCGGGUUACAGAAACCUCAAAUAGCACAACUCCACGGCCACAUCUUGAUCCCACUUGCUCAGAAGAGGCUACGCUCUACCUCAACGCCACGUUAUACCGACCCUAUGACAUGGAUCCUCCCUGCCGUGCACGCUAUUACCAAGGUUUUGAGUACCUGAUGCGGGAACUUGGCGGUAGACCUCACUGGGCGAAGAACUUCGACGCAAAUGGAAAGGAUAUUGAGGAGAUGUAUGGGAAUAAAUUGUUAGAGUGGAGGAAGAUUAGAAACGAUGCUGAUCCGGAGGGCAUGUUUGUGGGUGAGUGGCAUAGGAGGUAUAUUCUGGGCGAGGGACGGAAGUUGGCACUUGAGGAAGUAGAGGUUGGAAGGAAGAAGAUUUGGAAGGGUGGUGUCUUGGUCAUGGGUGAGGUUGAAGAUGACUGUGGGUUAAGUGGGAGUACUUCUGAGGAGAGUUUUGAUCACUUGAGGGAGAGUGAUGUUACGGUCAAGGGGUAGAGGUUUAGAGCUAGAGGAGACUUAAAGACUUGCAUUUGAUCCAAUUGACGAUGCUUCAUUUUGAAAAUCAGUACCUCUGCUUGGUGAGUGUAGGGAAAGUAAUGAAGACUUCUCAAUGAGCGAGAUGAAGCAUUGGUUUUUGGUUCCUUUCAAAGGAGAGGUUACAAUCAAUAAUUAAGAAAACAAUACAAGCCAAGAAAAUUGCCACGCCGCACCCCUCCACAAACGAAAGCAACAAUUGAAACUCUCAGACAACGAGGUCACGCUGUGUUUGAUCAUCCCCUCGAAACCCUGUCACGAUGUCACUGCCCCGCUGGCUGGU